GUGUGUUCAGCCUUGCCUCCUGUGUGUCCUGCGCACACAUCCGGUUUAGCGCUCGCUACACAAAGACAUGUUCCUGGAAGAUGCUGGCAGAUGUGCUUCUGUUCACCCAAAUUAUUUCAAUCCAACAGGUGAGGCUAUACCUGCCGAAGUCAUCGCUGGGAAUCGCUCCGUGACACCAUGAGUCAUCCCUGUGUGUCUCUUCUGGGAGUUCCUGGUUUCAAUCCUGCCUUAGUCCCUCACCAGGUGCAAGGACAAGUACUGUUGGUCUCAGACCCAUCUCUCAUCGCGGGUCAAGCUAAGCAUUCCGAAAGCGUCUUGGUGACUCAACGCGAGACGAUGGGUGAGGACGCCCAGCCCCACAAGAUGGCGUCCAUCAGCUCCCCCAGGGCCAGUAACCCCAGUCCCGAGGUCAGACACAAUGGGGACACUGAGGGGAGGUUAGGGAGCCCCCAGAAUCUGCCUAUAGAGCAUCAUUUUGUGUGUAAAGAGUGUGGGGACACCUUUCGGCUGAAAGUCCUCCUCGUCCAGCACCAGAGAAUCCACAGUGAGGAGACGGGCUGGGAGUGCCGUGAGUGUGGGAAGGUCUUCAGGGGCAUCUCCGAGUUCAAGGAGCACAGGAAAAGCCACGUGGCUGUGGAGCCGCGGCCGGGCCCUAGCCGGGUCCUUGAAGACGCGGUGCAGAAGAGGGAGCAAAUGGAGAAGGAGGCGAAGCCCUUCCAGUGCGAGGAAUGUGGGAAGCGGUUUAAGAAGAACGCGGGCCUCAGUCAGCACCUCAGGGUGCACAGCCGAGAGAAGCCGUUCGAUUGUGAGGAAUGUGGGCGCUCCUUCAAGGUGAACACCCACCUCUCCCGGCACGAGAAGCUUCACGCUGCGGAGAAGCCGUUCGCCUGCAGGGCGUGCAGCAGGGAUUUCCUGGACCGCCAGGAGCUCCUCAAGCACCAGCGCGCGCACACAGGCCACCUGCCCUUCGAUUGCGACGACUGCGGCAAGUCCUUCCGUGGGGUCAGCGGCCUGGCCGAGCACCAGCGCAUCCACAGCGGGGCCAAGCCCUAUGGGUGCCCACACUGCGGCAAGCUCUUCCGCCGCAGCUCCGAGCUCACCAAGCACCGGCGCAUCCACACGGGCGAGAAGCCCUACGAGUGCGGCCAGUGCGGCAAGGCCUUCCGCCAGAGCUCCAGCCUCCUGGAGCACCAGCGCAUCCACACCGGGGAGCGGCCGUACGCCUGCGGCGACUGCGGCAAGGCCUUCCGGGGGCCCUCCGACCUCAUCAAGCACCGGCGGAUCCACAGCGGACUGAAGCCGUACGAGUGUGACCGGUGCGGCAAGGCCUUCCGGAGGAGCUCCGGCCUGAGCCGCCACCGCAGGAUCCACAGCGGGGCGCGGCGCGGCGAGUGCGGCGAGUGCGGCCGCGUGUUCAGGCGACGCUCGGCCCUGCAGAAGCACCAGCCCACUCACCACGAGUAGAUUGGCCGCCGAGGUGGGGCUCCAGCGGCCAAGUCGAAGGAGAUGAACGGUUUUGUAGCGCUUAUAUAUUUUCUUGUCAGAAAGGUUGAAACCAGUUUCUACCGCCACCAGCAAUUUCUAAGUGUCCGUGUUUCCCGUGACGCCCAGCAAGAGUAGCUUUGAGCGUUUUAAGUUAUUUUGGCUAGUUCCACUGGCAUAAAGGGCCUUCCAGGUAUUGAAAUGUGCACGCCUCCCAUCCGAGGCGGCCGCGGGUUGUGGCGGGGUCGGAGGCCAUCUGCUCCGUGCAGAGAUCAGAAACCAUCGGCCGCAGAUCUGGGGGAGUUUGAGAGCAGGGGUUCCGAGUCAGCGAGGCUGGCCGGGCUGGUAGGUGACCUUGAGCAAUGAAAGUCAGGGUCCGAGCCGAAGGCGACCCCAGUCGAUUGUGAGCCCCUUUGUUUCCCAAAGAGAAGAUCGCCCCGCCUUUUCUUGGCCUACUUGAAUUUAUAAGUUUUGAGGGAUGUAAAUACAAAAGUCAAAUGUCUUAUACUAUUUAAUUUAUUAACUUAGUUAGACAUGCAUAUGGUAAGUCACAUAUGAUACAGAAUAAGAGAUUGAUUUAGAAGUGUGCCCCUUUUGCGCAUUCUCCGUUUUGUGACAUAAUUUCACCGCUAACGCCUCCUGUGCAUCUUUGGCCCCACCAUGUUCACCUGGGCAAAGUACAUCAAGGUCACCUCCAUCUGACUGACUGACUGGCCGACGGCUCAGAUGGAGGCAGCCGCCACCCUGCCUGGUGCGCUCUGGAAUUUUCUCUCAAGCGGUCGGUACAUGUGCGCGUGGCAUUGGGACCGUUGGUGGCUUGUGUUGUUUCUUCACCUCUCCUGUAGCUCUACAACAUAAACGCUGAAGGUGUUGCUGUUUUAAUGGGACCUUUAAAAGGCUUGUCACUGUGAGGUCAUAUUCCUAAUUUCUUUUGCAUCUUUUUUUAUUAAGCCAGUUCAAUCUGGUGACCCCUGUACGUAUCCCAAACCAGCUUUUGAUCAGGGUUGUUCUGGGCUAAUGGGGCUCUUGCAGCACUUUUUGGUACAAAAUAAAGUCGUUGAGAGAGGGCUUCUCAAGACUCGAGUGUCAGGAGGGUCAGGGGAGCCUCUCGUCAGACCACUGGCCUUUGAUGGUACUUUCUCUGCCCUCCGUUUCCUCCUCUCUCACAUGGAGUCGUCACAGUACCUCCCCCAAAAGUGAUCACGAGGACGGCCGGUGGCUGGUCCCACAGAGCGCUGGUCUCGUACGAGCACCUAACAGGGAGGUGGCGCUCAGUUCAGGUCACCCGCUGCCGUUAGCUCCAGAACCUGACGCCUCGUCUCGUUUCCUUCUCAGCCCGACCUCUCCCGUAAGGACUGAAGUACCUUUUCCGUUGUCUUGUUCAUCUCCUUUGACUAAUUACCAAGUUACCUUUGCAUAUAUUGACUUUAUAGAGGAGUUCUUUCUAUAUCACUUACAGUGGUUCUUGUUUUCCACUUUUAUUGCUCUGCCCUUUGUCACAGUUUGAUUACAUUUUUGUUGUGUGAGCUUUUACUUUCAAUGUAUUUGAGCAUUCAUCUUUGUUGGUUAAGUCAUAACCUUCAUGGCUUCAUCGCUGCAGUACUUAGAUAUGUAAUGACAAACUCAAAGUUGCAAGCCCUGCCCCACCCCCCGAAGGGGAAGCAGCCAAGUUGAGAGGCAGGCUGCGCAGUGGGGUGGGCUCGGGGGGCAUGGGCCAGAGAAGCAGGCUUGUUUCUCAUCCGACGCUUAGACCGUGUGUACGUUGUGGGCAGUAUUUGACUGUCCAGCCUGAUCACUCGGGCACUGGAGAUACUUUCCCCACGGACUGGCCAGAAGGUUCUCUGGCUGCUCAUCAGUCUAGCCCUGGCAGCCAUCACCAGGGCCUGACCUGACGUAGGGCAGCGGGGUGGUCAAAGCUUGGACUUGGCAGCAGCCUGGCUGUCCCGCCAGCUACCGGGAACAUUGGCAGUCCCUGGCAUAGAUUCAGUGACCGAUCCAACCAGGGACCAGCCAGGAGACCUGCGGACACAAGGAGACGCACCUGACUGACGAGCAAGAGGUCGGUUUGGGUGUCGCUUCCAGCAGCCGUGCCCAGGAGGGCGGUAAAGCAAGGGUUUGGAGGGAGGUCACACCCUUCUGGAGGCCUUCGUGGCCCAGGAGUCACAGCUGCCACUGCCAGGGGCCUCAUCCUGGGGGAAGAGCUACAAGGGCUGGGCAAGGAAGCUCGCCCUUCCAGUGGCAGGCACAGCUCACAAGAAGAGGCUGGUAUGACUUCCAGCACCUGGGCCCAGGAGGACCACUAGUGGGCCUGGUAGAGGAACCGGGCCUUCCCACGGGCCCACAAAGGCUGAGGCGGAACUUCCCAACCGGCCUGCACCCUGGGAAGCAAGGUCCUCUCGAAUGGCCGCCAGGCCACGACAGUGCUGGAGAGAAGCCUACGGCGCUUGUUACACAGGAUUCCUUUUGCCCUGGGGCCCGGUUCUUACAGUCAUUUCGAAUCUCUCUCUGAAAUCACUCCUGUCUUCGAUGCGUUUUUUCUCUUCAAGCUAUUGUUGCGUGUUUUGUACAACUGUCACGGUGAGGAACGUCGCUGUCCACCGGGGGGCAAGUCUGGCACCCUGAGCAAGAAGUGCUCUGCCCUCCUUGCCCUCCACUGUUCGUCCGUCAGUUUGACGAAGGAUCCUGUUGAAGUCUAGGUGCAGUAUUAACUUGGACCGGAGCAUCGUCUUCACUUUGUUCCGCACGCUUCCCAGCCCGGGUGGAGAGUCUCAGCCUCCUUCCUGCCCUCCCUCACUUUUCUCCACUUGGGCUCUAAUUUCCUCUAAUGCUCUCUCAGAGUUAGCGCUAAAGCGCGCAUCUUUGCCAUCACCGUUGGUGGAGCGGCCCAAACGCGGUCAGCCUGUGACUUUCAGUCUAGUUUUGCAGAAUUCAUUUUUUGCCUCUGGUAGUUGGAGGGAUGGAUUUCCUCGGCUUCUCCAGGUGUACGGCGAUGUAACACGUGACACAGCUUCCUUUUGUGUGUGCUUGCCUAUGCAUUUGUGUAUCUACCUCAUUUCUUCUUUCCUCCUAAUCACACGUGCUUCUCUGGCCAGGGCAGCGAAGAGGCUUAGCUUACGGAGGAUGCUGGCUCCUGGCAGAAAGCGGUCCUUGUCUUCAUCGUAUUUGGAAAGAAACCCUCCGUUGCUUUUAUUAGAGUUUUGAAUACUUGCUGAAGUUCUAAAAAGAAAGUAAUUGUUUACCAUUUUUUGCUGCUUAUUAAGAUUAACAGUGUUGAUUAGUUAUGUUAUACCUGUUCUUGCAUUUCUGGAAUAAUCCCCACCCGACCACAGUGGGCGUCUUUCUCCCGUGGUAUUGCAUUCCGUUUGCUUGAAUUUGUACUCGAGGCAGCAUAGCGCCUGCCCUGCCCGACCCUGCAGCCAUGUUGGGUACCGCGUGACCCCCCCGCUCCCUCCAGGCCACGUUGUGUAGCACCCCCUCCCCACCCGCUCCAGGCCACGUUAAUUAAACCAGAGUUGAGUCCCCGACCCAAGGGCAGCGGCCAGUCGUCAGACCUGGCUGGAAGCGAGGGGGUGGCCUUGCAAAUUUCGUGAAGUGUGAACAAGGACACUGAGAAAGAAUGUUCCAGUUGGUGUGGAGGGAAAGAGGGAGCCACCUCGCAGGGCAGCACCAGUUGAAGAUCCGUGGACUCCUGCUCAGCUCCC